GGACUGCGUUGUAAAUAUCUUAUCAUACAUUCAACUCUGGAUGAGACUUUUCGCGCGCACAAUUCCCAAUUUUAAGAAACAUCUGAAAUACAAAUUCGCACAUAACAACAAUAUAUCUAAACACGAAUUGGAACGAGUAGUAACUCGUUCCAAUCUAUUAUAUUAAAAGGAAAAGUCUCAAAUUCACAUCUGUUUACUCCAACAACAACUCCAGCGAAGAUUCAGUCAAGUAUGAUUGGGACGAGUCACCACUCGUCCCAUUCUAUUAUUUCGAAAGCAAAGAUGCCUGACACGGAGCAAACAGAACAAACACUUAGCAAAGACGAUGAAGGCCCAUACAUCGAACAAACAAACAAUAAGAAAAGCACAAAAGCGAAGUCACAUACUCUAGAGCCAGACUUAUUAGCAAAGCAUAUUCGCAUUUGGCAUUCCUAUCUACACGAUAAUUUUACGGGAAUGAAUACCGGACAGAAGAUAUUGUUCUUAAAGAGGAAAGCGGAGGCAAAUUUGGAACAAUUAAUGGAAGAUAGAGGUCCACUCUAUAGUCUAAAGGGGGAAGAGUUUUAUGAGUCUAUAUACUCAUCACAAGACAUAGAUCUAUAUGAGAGAAUAGAGCAUCAACGGCUGAUUAUUAUUGAGAUAACAGGAUUAACAGAUCAAGUUAAGAAAGGGAAGUUUAUUGGGGAAGGACGGUAUAAGAUGGAUAACUGUUUAUCUUAUGGUGAAAACUUGGGCGGCAUCGAUGGUCGAGAAUUCGAGGGCAGACUCAGCAUAAAGAAUUGGAUGAUGGCGACGAGGAGGGCCGGAGGAUAUUGGUUUCAGCCGGGAGAUAGAAGAGAAAUGGAGGUAUUGAGAAUAUUCUCCAAUAAAGAAUGGAGGAGAAGGCCAUGGAAGGCAUACAUGGCCGUCAAGAGAGCUCUAAAUGGAAUCAUAGAGAGAAGUAAGAAGAAAAUUAAAACUGUGGAGGAGAUGCGUCGGGAGAUCAUUGCGGGAUUACAAUGAUGUUGAUAUCAGGAAAGUUGUGUUAUAAUUUCAAAAUUUAAGGCGUUAAUGGAAAGAAAGAUAAGAAUAACA